GCGUUUGCCCGAACACCUUCCUCCUCGGAGAGCCUCGCGCCGGAGAGGAAACUUCGCAAGAUGAGGGGCGCGCAGCUGGGGCGCUUCUGCGCGCAGGUAGGGAGGAGUCUUGGCGGCAGGGCUUGGCUGGGCCGGUAGAGCUCUGGCCCCGAGGCGACGCGCCCUCGCGGGAAACCCAGGCCCACCAGCACCAGCUUCUUCGCCGCCCCGUGGCGGAUGUGCGAGAGACUCCCAGCUUCACGGUGGGAGACAGCCUAGACGGAGUGGAGCCCAAGCGUUACCUCUGCGCGUUGAGCCUCGCGUUCGUGGUAGCAGGCCGACACGCGAGAUACACGCGUGUUCUUGUGCCUGCAGCCUGGCUCGUUCCUGCCCUUGCAGAGGCUUUUCUGGCACGGCUCUCAUUCGAGUCCGUGGCGCUUUGCCCACUUCUCUUUCCAAACGCCUCUUUAGAAUUAUUAUUAUUAUUAUUUUAUUUAUUAUACAUUUGCUUCUUGUAUACCGCCUUUCCUCUGACAGAGACUCAAGGUGGCUUACAGAACAGCUAAAUGUUGAUGGGCAAGUAAAGGGGGGGGAGUGCAUAAAAGAAUAAUUUCUUGGAUGCAAAGAUCCAAGUUUGGGGCAAGUACUGUUUGGUGAGAGAACCCCAGCAGAGAUCCCAAAAUAUGCAGCAAAUAUGAUAGGAAUUGUAGUCCAGCAACGUCUGGGGGGAACAAUGGUUUCCCACCCCUGAAGUAAAUAACAGCACUUUAAUCACUGAAUCAUUGCAACAAGGGUGUAUAGUAAGUUGGUAUUGGUACCCCCAUGUUACCUGUGGGGGUAGGAUGGCAGCAAGAGAGAACAGUUUGCCUGAAAGGGCUUCUAGUCAAUUAAUGGCAACUUAGAGAGUCCGCCUUUCCUUUUCUGGUUGUGUGUUUUGGUUUGUUUGUGUUGUUUGAAAUUUGAUGUUUAUGUUAUUAUGAGCUUAAGCUUCCAAGUAAUCCAUCGAACCUGCUGAGCCACAGAUUUUCCAAGGGUUUGGUGUCUCCGCUAUGCGUGUGUGACGGGAAAACUGUUGAUUCUCUCUCACAUAUAAUGUUCAACUGUCCCCUACAUAGCAUAGCCAGGACUAAAUUCCUGGGCCCUGCUUUGCUGCGCUUGGUUGGCAGGCCGGCUGAGUCACAUGCCGCACUACUUUUGCAGGAUACAGAUCCUUCUGUAACUCUGCAGGUGGCGAGAUUCCUGAAUGCAGUUAUCUCACACACAAAAACUACCAAAAACAACAACAUCAAAAACUAAUCGGACAGUUUUGAAGAGAGUGCAUGUCGGAUCUCGUCUUCAGUUCUCCUUUUCUGGGAUCCGUCCCUUGGAGCUCUCCAGGCCCCAAGCUGUGAUCUGGCUCUGCUCAAUGACCCACCCCUGCAUCAUGGUGUUCACCUUCUGGAGCCGAAUAUAUUAGUCUUUAUGCCUCUGUGCUUUUAUGUUUGUACAUACUUUAUGGGCUAAUAGCCGUAAAUAAAUAAAUAAAUAAAUAAAUAAGCUUCCAAGUAAACUUGGUGAAAAAAGAUGGGGCGUACAAACUUUUAAAUGGAUAAGUAAUAGAUUAGUUUUCACUGUUAUACCCUCCUAAGGUAUGCUUAGUGUUUCGUAUGUGAAUGGCUAUCCUAAACUUAAUUGGUAGAAGUAAGUUCCGCCAAGUAAAAUAGGACUUACUCCCAGGUAUAUACAUCCAUAGUAUUUUCUUAAUUUGGAAAAAAUGGCCAUGUCUUUAACAAUACAGUAGUUAAUAUAGUUUAGAAUUGCCAGUCUGUAAGUAUGAAUUGGAGGUGUUGGGAAUUACUGUACCUUUUUAAACCAUCUUCAGCUAACAUUGUUGUAAAUGGAUUAAAAUACAUUUAGUCCGCACUGUGAUUUUGAGAGCAUACUACUUUAGGGGAUAGUGAGAGCUGCUUUGAAACUGGUGCUUUGCAAGUGUUGGCUAACAAAUGAUCUGAGAUGGAUCAGCAGUGUAAGAUUCAUUGUAUUUGUUACUUAUACCAGACCGGAUUGAGUUUUGUAUAUAGUAAUCCAUGACCCCUUUUAUGAUUAUAAAUCAAUAUUAUUAUUUGUCUUCAUGGUGCUUGUGGGCAUCACUGUAAUGCAAACACUGACAGAGUAAAUGACCACCAUGGACUCAUACUACUAGUCUGAUGGCUUGAAAAACUUGUUAGAAUGACUGUGUGGUUUCAUUUUUGCAAGGAUGCUUUGGUCCCCUAGUUCUGAUGCCUAAAGUUUUCUAAACAACACAAUACAGUGGUACCUCUGGAUGCGAACAGCAUCCGUUCCGGAGCCCCGUUCGCAUCCUGAAGUGAACGCAACCCACUUCUGCGCAUGCGUGACAUCAUUUUGAGCAUCUGUGCAGAAGCGAGCGGCGAAAACCGGAAGUAACGUGUUCCAUUACUUCCGGGUCGCCGCGGAGUGCAACCCAAAAAUGCUCAACCUGAAGUAACUUUAACCCGAGGUAUGACUGUAAUUUAUAAUAUAUUAGAAUUUGUUGUCUGUUCCUUUAGGUCUUGCAGAAGCACAAAUUUGUCCCCUUUGCCUGUCACUCUAUCCAAUUGUCUUAUCUGAAGGCAUCACCACUUGCCCUUCUAUGCUCUCUUCAACACCUGGGCUGCAGAUUGACUGGCACCAGUUCUUCUGGACAAAGUGAAGCAAAUGUGUCCCAUGGAAGCAGUAAAACAGACACCAAUGAAGCCUCUCAGAAGCUUCUAGAGACUCUUGCUACUUCCCAAGUAGAGCCAGAGAGACCAGCUGAUUCAGAUCUCCUGAAGCUGGGGAAGGUGGCAGAUCCAUUCUUGGACAUGGGGCUAAGCCCUGCUCAGAUAACACACUUGUUCAGCUUGCAGCCAUAUGCACCUCCUCAGCUCAGGUUGGCUGUAGUUUCAGAGCUCCUUCUUCUGGGUUUAAGCACAGACGCCACACUAAAUGUCUUACAGAAGAGCCCUGAAUUGCUGGGAAUGUCAUCAAAGCAUAUAAAGGACCGUGCAGAUCUGCUGAGGAGGCUGGCGUUCAAGGAGGGUAAUGCUUUCUCUGUGCUAUGCAAUGAGUGGAACAUCUGUACUGAAUUGUGUGCUGUGGGCCAUACUGGAUUUUUGUAACCCUGUUUGGGGCCUGUAAGCAUUAUCUUUAACUCUUCUGGUGGGCAUUAUAUGGAAUAAAUGGCAGAAAAUCUAAUCUCUAGGAAAGGGUGCAAAUUAAGUUGCACAUGCAAUGAUAGGAACCAUGGCUCCAUUACGUUGAUAGAAAUAUAUGUUCAUCAAUCACUUUAUACAUCACAGAUUUAGGUGGUCUUUUAAAGAAGAUUAGAUUCAGCUGUGAAAGUUUGGCCCACAAUUGUAGGUGGAAUGUAAAGGGCAAAUCUGCAUCUCCAGGUGCUCCCAGAUGCUACAAAUACAGCAGAAAAGGGAAAGUUUGAAACUGAAUUGCAGAUUUUAAAAGUGCUUGCAUGAUAAAACUUGGGUUAGAAAAGGUUGCAAAAGCAUAAUUUUUCCUUUCAGGCUUUCUUCUAGUCCUCCAAAUUUGUUUUAUAUGAAAAAGUUGUAUUUCUCCUUCUAAAGAAUUCCUUCUGUAUUGUUAAUCAUUGUUUCAUUUCCUUUUUCAUUUGCUCCUCAGCGUUUCCUUUAUUCCUGCAUUGUGCAGUUGCAGUACAUACACAUGCAAAUGCACAAAGUUCUGCAAAAUAAAUAAUGAGCCAGACAUAUACUCUGGAAACAUUUUUAGCCUGGAGGACUGGGUGGCUGUAUGUAUAACAGGUACACAGGGAGUACUGAGGAGCAAACCAAAAAAGUAAGCCUAGGGUAUGAUUGUUUAUGUUUUUUCCCUCUUUAUUUUAACAGUGGGCCUUAACCAUAUGGCAGUUCAUUUCCCAAGAAUUUUUACCUUGCCACAAAAGAGAAUUGAGGUCGUAGAGAAUCUCCUCAAAGAAAAAUGCCUUUUCUCUGUGCAGCAGAUAUCAAAAAUUCUGCAAACAUGCCCAAAUAUUUUGCUGGAGGAGCUAGGCGAUGUGGAAUACAAAUUCCAGGUAAAGUAUGCUGCAUUAUAUUUUCAGAAAUUCAUAAUAGACAGUUUCUAUAUAUCAAAUAUAUAGUGUCAGUGCACAUUCCCAGAGUGGAUUAGCUGGUAGGCUUCCAGUCACAGUAGAUCCCACUCACAGAUCUUGCAAAGACCAAAUAUAUGCUUUAGCAGGGAGUUUCCAUAUAACUCGUUUUUUAGGGCUUUAAAAAUAAGAUCUUUUCUUUCCCCUCUUCCAAAUACUGAUAUAGAUAAUAGAAGCUAGAAUAAACUUUGCUUUUGUGCUUCCUAUUCCAUUGAUUUGUUUCUAGAAUAUCUCAUGUGGGCCCUGAGAAAUGUAACAUUUGACUUUCCUCUGCUAUCUUAUGGACAUGCUUUUGAAUUUAUUGCAUUAAAGGCUGUGACUUCAUAUUUUUGGGUCACAUCAAGCAACAGUUGUUUGCUUGCACAACAUAAGCCUGUUUGUGCAAUGACAUUUCAGGUUUUCCCCUCCUCCUGCAGCUCCCAUGCACCCUGGGAUCUGUUUGACCCACUCAAGAUCUGGGAGGGGUUGCUGGGCUGCAAGGGGAAGAAACCAUUUUGCAGACGCACACCCCUCCAUGCUGUGCUGUAUCUCACUCUUAGUUUUGUAUGGAAUUUCUCUGGAUGGCUACUCUUGUCUCAACCUUUGUUGCCACAACUGCUUCUUAAGGACUUCAGAUGUUUUUCCAGUUUUAGGAGGGAAACAUUAUGGAAUCCAAUGGCACUGGUGUUAGUGAACUAGUAACCUCCUUGAUUUGACUAUAAAGGCAGGAAAAGAGGCACAGUAGAGAAGCAAAGAUCCCGAAACACGUUUAGCCAAAUAAUAAACCCUUUCCAUCCCUUGGUUCACAGUCUAGUAUCGAAUAUUGAUAAUAGCUUAUUCAAAGUUUGAUUCCUCCUUCUUUUUCUCAGUUUGCUUAUUUCAGGAUGGGGAUUAAACACAGAGAAAUCGUGAAUUCUGGUUUCUUCCAAGCAUCACUGGCUGAGAUAAAAAACCGGGUUAUUUUCUUGGAGCGGUUGGGACUCUUUCAAACUCCUGACAAGAAAGGACAGACCCAGGUUGUCAACCCCAAACUGAAAAGCAUAAUCAGAGCUUCUGAAAGUGACUUUAUAGAAAAAAUGGCCUGUUCCUCAUUGGAAGAGUAUAAUAUAUUUAAGAAAUUGCUAACCCGUGAAGAAGAACGAAGACGGAAAGAGGAGGAAGCGGCAGAGAAAAACGAUCUCUCAGAUUCAGAGAGUGAUGGCGAAGGGUCUGAUUCAGACUAAGCACAUAAAAUUUAAAAAUCUCUGAAGUUUGGUACUGGUAUAAUCUUGUUUACGUCUAGAAUUGGGGAAUGAAAAUGCAUCAGUUGUGUAAAAAUGAGAGGUGGUGGUCAAUAAGGGUAAAGUCUACUCAGCAGCUGUGUAAAGGCAAUGGAACCCAAAAUGUUUGUGAUCUCCUGUCAUUACUUUGGCUUGUUGCUUUAGAACCACUGCACAUUUUGAGAAUCGUGGGGUAAGCUUGAGGUGGAAGUUCUCAAGAUGGACUGAGGAAUUCCUCUACAUCAGGGUCUCUCCAUCUGUUAAUGACUCCCAACUCCCCAGCCAACAAGGUCAUGGAUUAUGGAAGUCUAAGAACAUGUGAGGAGCCACAGGUUACCCACCUCUACUCUAGAGGAUAAGAAUGCACUUCUUUUUAAGAAUGGCAACAAUUUUGUUUUUCUCUGAGGGACUUGAAAAAGGCAGUGCUAGGGAUGGAUUGUCAAGGAAGAUGAAAUGCAGACUGUGGGAUAAAAGGUCAGAUGUUGUUCUCAGAACAGAGAAGUAGCUGUUGUGGGUUCUGUGAAGCAAAACAUAGAUAACGAUUUAUGGGAGAGGAAAUGUGGGCCUAGGUGCAGUUUGUAAGUAGAAAUUUCAUGCUCAGGAUAGCAAACAGGUUUUGCUGGUUGUUGGUGGCUGACAACUGCUAAAAUUGUUGGUAAAGGAACAGGAUUUUGGUAGCCAACUGGCGUCCUCACGUAUUAAAGAAAGCAGACUAGCUUUUAAAUAAAUUGUAUUUUAAUCUAAAAUGCAAAACAAAAUAACUUUGACAGAAUAAAAUCUUUUUUAGUUUAUUGCUGCAUUAUAUAUGCCUCAAUCUGGCUAUAAAAUACUGACUUGAUACAGACUGUUCUACUUUAGACUGUGCCUGGGGGGGAAACCAGUGUUGCUGUGCGGCAGACAAGAAACCGGCUUUGAAGACCUCUCACUAUCUUUGUCAAUUUACUGGGCCUGGAAAAAUGUGCUAUUUAGCUGACGGGAUUACUAACCCUUCCCUCCCCCACCCCCUUUUUUGCACCUUGGAAGCUGUAUUUUUAACAGUGAGAUUGCCUUCAUGUGCCCUCAAGCCAAUUAAACUGAAGCAGUUGGGAUUUAAGUGCUUGUAAGUAAGACCAGAGACAAAACGUUGUAGCACGUGGAGUGCUUCUGUUCAGUAUUCCACCUCUUCAUUCCAAUUCUCCCCUCCCAUCAACAUUGUGUGGCCUCAUGGCUGUUUUGGGGUUCUGUCCAUUUUUAGUCGCCGUCCCCCCAUAUGAUUUUAUUUUUGUACUUUUGCAAACCAUGAAGUCCCCCCCCCCAAAGCCUGGUGCUGUUUUGGCUACAUAAGCUGCUCACAACCUGAACAUCAGAAACAGGGCAUGAUAAAUUCUCUACUUGCUAAUGAAACAUGAAAAUGCAUAUUUUCUCAAUGCCUAGGUUCAUUGUGGCAGUACAUGAUUGGCUGCUCAGACAAAUCAGUGCUUAAAAUGCUAGAAAAGCUUAAAAUGUAGUUUUAACACUACUCUGACAAUGCAAUCUGUGGUCCUUUGGUGUUGUGUCUACUCCUGCCAAUCUAUACAAGCUAGGCCUUCUUAAAAGUUCUCCUUUUCUUCUACUGCUCUUGAAGAAGCCUUCCCUGAAUGAGAAAUCCAGAUUUCUAUUUCUUUUCAUAAAACAGGGCAAAUUACAGAACAUCCAACUAAAAUGCUGCAAUUUGCAAUGGAGAGAGUUUGGAGAUCUUGUAUUAGUCAUAUUAAGUAUAUGAUUUUCUCUUCAGCCCAUGCCUUUUGAGAAGGUCUGUAGUGAAAAAUGCAAUUUCUGUGGGGAGGGGGAUCCUUUAGCUAAUACUGCUGCAAAACGUAUGUAAAUAAUUGGAAUAAACCUAAAUGUUUAUUGGUUCCAGUGAGUCCUUCUCGUAGAGGCUAUCCUUUUGUGAUAGCUGUGGAAAGGGCCUUUUCCUGCUGGGAAUGGUUAGUGCUAUCUUUUGCUGAAGAAACUAUAUUUACAACUCUUUAAGGCUGCCAGGAUUAGCUUUCUAGGGAACAAGGCUGCUCUCCCCCCCCUUUUUUUCUUUUUUGCACUUGCCGAAUGGGCUGCUAGAGAGCUACCAGCACUUACAGGAAUAAUAAUAGGUAAACUGUAAUUGAACCUCUGGCUGUAUUAAUUUAUAAAAUAUACAGUGUAUGUAUAUUAAACACAAUUUUAUAUUUAGUCAUACAAACUCUCAAAUCUAGGAAAUAUUGAGGCUCCUUGAGUAGCUGGCCAUUCUUGGGAGCUGUAGCAAUUGAACAUCUGGGAAGAAGGAAAAAAUGCUCUGCUAUUUUUCCUCCACUGGCAUCACAAUCCUGACUUAAACAGGAAAGCAUUCUAUUUACCCUUCAUAGAGUGGCUAGAAGGGUUUUCAACUUUUUUAAUUAUUAAGGCAUGGCAUUUUCUAAUCACUUUAUGGAAUAGCAUGUCCACAGGCUGAAUAACUAAAAGCCUGUUUGAUCUGUUGUUGAAAAUGGAUAUAGACUUCUAGCUUCUGCAGCCCUUUCCCCACUGCACUAGAAUAAAUUUUGAAAUGCAAGUAAUUUGUUAGCAAUAAAAAGGCACAGCAGUAGCUGGCUGUCAGAUUUCUUGCGUUUCAUUAACUAAUCUUGCAAAGGGAAAAACAAAGGAAAAGAACCUAGUGUUUUUUAAAAGACACACUGUUUGCAAAUGGGAGUAUUUUAGACGUGAUUAGCUUUGGACAUCAAAUUUUAUGCCAGGGAGGUUCUCCUUUUGGUUAUAAUCCAGAACAUUUGUUUCAGGGCUUGUUUUUCUUUUAAGGUAGUCCAGUGGCCACAGAUUAUGUAACCAGUAUCUCCAUCACUGGUGAAACUUUAGGCUCUGCCCUUGCGGCAAGUGGCCCAUAAUAGACUUCAAUCCUGAGAGAGACUUUUCUAACAUGUCACUCAUCUUGUAUAAAUUCAGGUGCUAUGAAGAAAGGUAAGCGGACCCUUAUAAUCCUGCCAAAGAGAGAGGGAUAUGGCUAUUUGGUGAACACCUCCUGAACAAGGCAAAGGAAGAAAAGUCCAUAGAUCUUGCUGGAGGGUCUCUCCUUUUUUCCAAUCCAGUUAGAAGAAAUGUUGAGUGUUCUGGAACCUACAAAGGAAAAAUAAAACACGACAGCUAGCACUUAGAUUAUGUGCGCAUGCAUAAAACACAGGUACAAAGAUUCUUUUCUUCCUCCAUUUCACUGCUAAAAAGUUUAUUUCACUUGUGUUAAAAAGUUAACAAGCAGAUUUACUGCUUAUUCAUAUUUACACUGAACUCUUUAGUAAAAUGUCAAAGUUCCACUGGUGAGCAGAUCCUUGAUAUUCCUACAGCAAGGAGAAUCCUGGUGAGGAAUUCUGUUGGUAUAGCUUUGGGAUCCAUUAAUGAAUUUUUUUUAUGGAGGGUAGAGAGACAUAGUCUCACUGAAAGAGCUUUGAAAGAAAUACUGCUUUCAAUGAGCAGAAUCAAAGAAUGCUAAAGGCUGCUUCUGACAUUUCAUUCCUCAGCAUGUGUAGGGAAGCAGGCAGAAAACUGGUUGACAAUUAUCUUUGUAAUGUAGAAAGAUCAGACUUAAGUGCCAGAUAUGUAUAAACACUCUUGAGGUGAAAUUUUCUGAGAUUGUCACUUUGUCAUGUCUGAGCCUUCUGGUGCUAAAGACGCUCAGCAUCUGCUUGGAAUAAAAGAUCAGGGUGCGGUUUUCUUUAUCUCAAUUAUACCUUUCAUGAAAUCUACUGUGGUAGUCAAUAAUCACUGCCACUUUUCCUUUAGUGGCAAGCUACCUACCCAUCAAUAUUUUGAAGUUUUCUGCCAGCAAAGAGACUGCUCCACCAUAGAUGGAGCAAGAUCCAGUUGCUCAGCCCUGCUCACCUCAGUAGGCCUGUGACCUUGUGACACCAAGGAAAAAUAAAGAAUGAUGGGGGCGGGGGGGGGGGAGCAGAAUGUUGCCUGAAGAUUCCUGUCACCAAGUUAUAUUUUUAUUAUAUGUGCAAAUCUUUCGUAAGCUACUUUGAGAGCCUCUUGGGACACUUUAAAUAAACAAAUCAAUCUAC